AGACUUGAGCGCGAUGCAAACCCGCAUAUUCUCGCCUGGCCCUCUCGCCUACGCAAAGCACCCGAAACAUCCAAAAGAAAAAAAAACAGGAUCAAAUCCCAGGCGGCGGAGCGCAGCACGACCAGCUCUUCACGCCCAAACCCCUCGCUGGCCGCCGCUUUUCCUCCCAUUCUCUUCCCUCAUUGCUCUCUCGAUAAAAGAGUCUCAGUUUCGUCCCGCUCCCAUCCCACCUCACUGCAUGCAGUUCGGAUGAGGAGAAGAUAUCCCGCAGCUGAUGGGAGCUCAGAAGAGCAUCCAUGCUGGGAAAGCGAAGAUAGAUUUCAAUGUGGACCUCUCCCACAAGCUAUGCUCAGCCCUCUUGUUACCUCCUCUCAGGAAUUCUAGCAAUCCCUUUUCCCAGAUUAUUGGAAGGCUUUCCAUCAAACACCCCAGCCUCUUUGGAAGAAGCGAGAAGUUGGACGUGUUGUGGGAUAAGGGGCUCAAUGAUUCUAAUAUCCUCAUUGCCUUCAGGCGCCCGAAGCUUGAAUGGCUCUCUCAGCAGUCAUUUGUCAUGCAGCAUUCGAUCACACCUGAGAUUGCUGUGCAUGGAUUACCUGUCGAUCAUUUCUCUCAUUCGGGGAGUGGGGGUGUCAACCUUUGCCGCCUGUCAGUAGGAGUGGACCACAAUGAGCCUGCUACUUCUCAUUGGAGCAGCACAACCAGCAUCAAAUUCGAGCAUGUUCGUCCUGUCAACAAUGAUGGUCGUUCGAUAAGUAGGGACCUUGAUGGUUUUCCCAUAACUUGCAGUGGUGGUUCCCAUGACAAUAUGGUUGUUCUGAAGCAAGAAUCACAAUAUGCAAUUGCUAAUGACAAUAGUUUCACGAGACUAAAUUUUCAAAUGGAACAAGGAUUACCUCUUCUAUCAAAAUGGCUAAUUUUCAACCGAUUUAAAUUCAUCACCUCAAAAGGAGUCAAAUUGGGGCCAGCAUUUUUAGUGUCAAGCCUGACAGGUGGUUCCAUUGUAGGGGACAUGGCACCCUAUCAAGCAUUCACUAUUGGGGGACUUGGCAGUGUUCGAGGUUAUGGUGAGGGUGCUGUGGGCUCAGGAAGAUCAUGUCUAGUUGCUAAUAGCGAAUUCACAAUUCCACUGACAGAAACAGGAAAUAUGUUCGGCCUCCAAAAUCUUUGAUGAUCGGUCCUUAACUAAAGGCUACAUCAGUAAUAAUUCAUCAUUGAGAUAAGUGGAAAACUGGCUCACACAACGUGUGGUUUCUCUCUUUUAAACCUAGUUUGUUGGUAAUAUUGUUUUUAUUAACUAGUAGGCCUGUCUCCUUCCUUUCCUUGAUAAAUUGUGAGAGACCAACUAUUUACUCCAUUUCUGCUCUGCCAUCAUUGCGAGUUUAAAUGCCUUGGCUAGUCUCAUUUGUUAAAUUGGCACUUUUUAGAUAUUUUUGGCAAAACAUGUACUGCAGCAUGUUGGCAAAGUUUGCUACUUCCAACUGAGCUCAUCUCUCAAUGUUUGUGGAUGAACUGCUUGUAUAUGGUCAUCAGCUUGUACUGCCCUGGAUGCAAAAUUCGUUGGUACUCCUGAAUUGUGAUGAAUUAUUGCCUUGAUAAAAACAUAGUCAUCAAGCUUUCUUAAUCCUGGUUUUAGAAGUAGAAAUGUUUUUUUCUGACAGUUUAUGAUGACAUGCCUUUAACCCAAUAUGCAACCAGCAAGUUCUUUUUAAUGAAGUAUAGAACCAGCAGUGCUUUUGGGGCUUUUGCUGAUUUUAAUCCUGCAUUGCAUCCUUCUUGAUAAGUGGUUCUUACAAAUUUGACACUGACGUCAGGGGGACCUGCUUGGGUAUCAUUAUAUUUUUUUGCAAUGAAUGAAGUUUGUGCAUACAUAUCAAAAUAGGAAAUCUGAGGAUGGUUUCAAGAGUUAGUAAAUAAGUUGUUUAUUGGCUUAUCAUAUAAACUACUUUUGCCAAUGGACUAAAAGGCAUUAUUUUCUG